AUGUCAUCGCCGCCGCCCACAAACCCUUUGAAACGACCCUCCAUCUCAUCCUCCGCUUCCCAACCUCUCGGCACCAACCCUAAACGGCCUCGCAUGCACCCUCUCCGUCAGACUUCCUUUCCGACCACUAUCGACACGGAUUCGCGCGCAUAUGGUACUGCUAGCGAUGCGGGUAGUGUUACCGGCAGUUUCACGGGGAGCUUAGGAGGCACAAGCGCGGAUGGUGUAUUUCGGAAUAAGAAACGCGGGCGCAAGAGUAAAGCGGAGAAAGAGCGGGAGAAGGAAGAUGCGGCGAGGGGGGACAUGAGAUCGUCUGUUGAUGCGGAGGGGUCGGUGCGAGCGGGUGCGGCUGGCGGUGGAGGGGAUGAUGGGGAUGAUGAUGAGGAUUUCGAGGAUGAAGGGGAACUGUUAGGAAGAGAGGAAGGGGCUACAGAUACAGAGGCUGACAAGAAGAAUCUUGCAUUGCUGGUCGAUGCUUUUAAUCCUUUACAGUCGGAGCGAUACGAUCUAUUCAAGCGAGCGAAGCUGAGAAAGGAGACUUUGCGACGGAUUGUGAACCAUGCACUAUCACAGUCUGUGCCGGCGAGCGUGGUUACCACGAUUAAUGGAUUUACGAAGGUGUUUGCGGGGGAGAUCAUUGAAAAGGCUCGGACAGUGCAGGCCGAAUGGGCAGAUGCACACGACCAAUCUGCGAUAGCGGCUUUUGAGGCGGAGGGGGCCGCGGCAAUGGCGAGAGCUGCGAAUACAUCGGCCUCUGCCACACCAGGCCCUGCUACUCCAGGACAGCUCCUGGUGAAGCAAGAACCCUCGAACCACUCGCCCUUUCCUCCCACGCAUGUUUCUGGGACACCGUGCCCAUCGGGUGCAGAAGGCUCGCAGCAUUCUCCAUACAACGCUUCGCAACCUAGACCGGAGAGGAUAUUCAAGCUACCUCCUAACCCCCAUCGGGGACAACUGCUUCCAGCACAUCUGCGGGAGGCACUGCGACGCUGGAAGCGGGACGGUGAGGGCGGUGGUGUAGGGUUCUCAGGACUGAGUAUGGGAAAUCUGGGAGUUCGGGGAUCGGUGACGUGGAGUGCCGGCAGUGUUGGAGGGAGACGAAUUUUCCGCUAA